AUGGAAAAUAUAUUUUUUAAAACAUCUUUAUUAACUCGAGUUGAAGGAUCUUGUAUUUAUGAAGAAGGUCCAAACAAGAUUCUUUGUGCUGUUAUUGGCCCAUCAGAGACAAAAACACGAGAUGAAGUAAUUGGAGAAGCUACAAUAGAUGUAAUUGUAAGACCUGAUGUAAGGGGAUCAAGUACAAAAGAUAUUCAAAUGGAACAAAUUAUAUGGAAAACUAUAUCACCAAUGAUAAUGCGGACAAUGUAUCCUCAUACACUCAUUCAAAUGGUAAUUCAAAUUAUUUCUCGUGAAAAAUCUGAAAAUAUAGUAUCAUUGCUUGCAGCUAUAUUAAAUACAACAUUUAUAUCGCUUCUUGAUUCUGGUGUUGCUAUGACAAAUACAUUUUCUGCUGUAUCAUUAGCAGUUCUUUCAAAAGAGGGUGAAACAUCUAUUAUUUUAAAUCCAUCUUUAAAAAUAUUAAAUGAUGCUACAAGUUCUCAUGUUGUGUGUUAUGCAUUUCCAGAUGAAAAACUUAUUUUAUGUGAUAGUAUAGGCUUUUUUACAGAAAAUCAAUUUAUUGAAAUACUAUCAAAAGCAUUAAUUGCAUGUAAAGAUACUCAUGAAAGAAUAAAAGCGACAAUUAUAGAAAAAAUGAAAGAAAAAUAA